GACUGAGGGCGCGCGCUGGGCUCCUGCCUAGUGCGAACAAUUUCAGCAUGGAGGAAAUUUUUGCUAAGUUUGUGUCUCAGAAAAUCAGCAAAACCCGCUGGCGACCGGUGCCUUCCGGGAGUCUGCAGACCGCAGAAACUUUCGCUACGGGCUCUUGGGACAAUGAGGAAAAUUAUGUUUCAUUGUGGUCUAUUGGAGAUUUGGGGAGCUUGGACCCUGAUGGAGGGUUUGAAGGAGACCACCAGUUAUUGUGCGGUACCAGGCACUAUGGCGAUGUUAUGGAUUUACAAUUUUUUGAUCAGGAAAGAAUUGUAGCUGCUUCAUCAACAGGAUGUGUAACUGUGUUCCUUCACCAUCCGAAUAACCAGACGCUGACGGUCAGCCAGCAGUGGGCAGCGGCUCACUACCACUCGGGGCCAGGCAGUCCUUCCUGGAGCUGUGCACCAUGCACAGGUGUCGUGUGCAACAACCCAGAGAUCGUCACAGUUGGAGAAGAUGGUCGAAUAAAUCUCUUCCGAGUUGAUCACAAGGAAGCUGUGAGAACCAUAGACAAUGCAGAUAGCAGUACACUGCACGCUGUAACCUUCCUUCGAACUCCUGAGAUUCUUACAGUAAAUUCAAUUGGACAGUUAAAAAUAUGGGAUUUCAGACAACAAGGAAACGAGCCCUCUCAGAUAUUAUCCCUGACUGGUGACCGAGUGCCUCUCCACUGUGUCGAUAGACAUCCCAACCAACAGCAUGUUGUAGCUACUGGUGGCCAGGAUGGAACAUUGAGUAUUUGGGAUGUGAGACAAGGUACCAUGCCCGUGUCUCUGCUGAAGGCUCACGAAGCUGAAAUGUGGGAAGUUCACUUUCACCCAUCCAACCCAGAUCACCUGUUUACCUGUUCUGAGGAUGGGUCCCUCUGGCAUUGGGAUGCCUCCACAGACGUGCCUGAAAAAUCAUCUCUCUUUCACCAAGGAGGAAGAAGUAGUACUUUUUUGUCUCACAGCAUCAAUAACCAGGCUAACGUUCACCAGUCUCUUCUAAGCUCCUGGCUGAGCACUGACCCGGCGAAAGACCGUAUUGAGAUCACAAGUUUGCUUCCCAACAGGACUUUGUCCGUCAACAGUUUGGAUGUUUUAGGUCCUUGUCUUGUGUGUGGAACCGAUGCAGAAGCAAUUUAUGUUACUAGACAACUUUUUUCAUAAAAAUAUUUUCAUUGUAAGAUUUCAGGUAAAAACACAUAGUCAACAUUUUGAACUCCAACAUCUUGACAAAUUUAUUAUUGAAAAAUGUGAAAUGUGCAGGGGUGGCAUCGGUAAACUGUGGCUAAUGGCAGUGUCAGUUUUGGAUUUUGUUAGUUGGAAAUUGCCCUGACAGUUGCAGAAUCUGAUAGGUGACUGAUGGCAAAAGAACUGGAACGUGUGGAAGACCGACAGAGGGAGCCUUGUGUUGAUGAAUACACGGCCUUCAAACAGACUCUCCUGGACGGCUCACGGGAGCUGCUCUUCAUGUUUGAUUACGCGAGACUAGCAGGUCACCAACAGGUUCCUCUCCUUUGUAUCAAGAGUACAUGGCAUUAGCCAGUGUUAAUGUUUAUUCUUUUCAUUGCAAGUAUUUUCUUCAAUCCUUUCAGAUUUUAUUUCCUUAAUGACUGUAAUAAACUUACUCAGAAAGAAUUUAGAACAAAAACACUGACUUUUUUUUUAAAGGUGAAAAUGUUUUGACAGGUUCCUUUAUUGGAAUACA